AUGUUGGAUAGUGGAACUGGGCUUAAUGCAAUUCCAGAUUCAGUCUCCAUUGCUGUGUAUCAUAUUCUCAAGCAUCGAUCGUAUAAUCCUGUCGUUCGAAGUCGUAAUACUCUUUCAAUCAUCGUGUUUAAUCUUCGCAGUUCUCGUGUUGAUCUUAUGGAAGCAAAUAUUUCAUCUUCUUCCAAAGGAACUUCAUCAGUCAAAAUUGUAAAAGUUAAUAAGGAUUCCAAAGUCAUUAAAAUUCCAAAUGAAGAUGAUGAUUUUGUUUCUGCUCUUGUUGCCGGUCAAGUAAAUGUUAAGAAGGCUGAAAUUGUAUAUAGGUCCAAGUCUUUUGUAGAUAUUUCAUCUUCUUCCAAAGGAACUUCAUCAGUCAAGAUUGUAAAAGUUAAUAAGGAUUCCAAAGUCAUUAAAAUUCCAAAUGAAGAUGAUGAUUUUGUUUCUGCUCCUGUUGUCGGUCAAGUAAAUGUUAAGAAGGCUGAAAUUGUAUAUAGGUAUCCUCCAGAUAAACUGAAAGAAGCAUUUAGUGAUGCAGGUUAUGAAAAAGUUGAAGUCAUUCAAACAUAUGAAGAUUUUGUUGAUGAUGCAAUAGAUAAAGAUUCUAAAACAGAAAUAGAUGAAGAACACAUUAGUCUUGCUAAUGUUUUGAGAAGAAGAAUGGAAAAGAAAAAGAUGAAAGAGAAUGAAGAAAACAAAUAUGUUGUUAUGAAAAAGAAAACACAUAAGAAAAAGAUGAGAAAGAAUAUUCAUUUGAAAAAAAUGAAUAAAAGUUCAAAGCAAAAAUUUGAAGCUCAACAAGUUGAAGGAAUCAAUAUUGUUCACAAGAAAUCAAUUGAGAAUGAAGUUUCUUUUGUUUUGGAUUUUGCUAACAAAGGAAAAAAAGUUGUUGAAGAUAACAUAAAUGAGAAUCAAAAGGUUGAAGUUUCCAAGGAUUUUUCGAAUGUUGAAAAACAAAGUGAAGAUGUUCCUCUUUGUCAGGAGUUAAGAGAUGUUCAACUUGAUCAACUGUCAAUGACACAAAUUUUGGAUCAUCCUAGGGUUCAGGAACAGUUGGAGGUGUUAAUGAAUUCAAAUGAAGUUUUGGAAGAUCGUAGUAUUGAGCCAAGCAAAAUAUUGAGUGAUCUAGUUGUUUCAAAUCAGUUUCAUGAUCCUGAUGCUAUUAUUUAA